AAGACGCGCCGUUUUGGUACUCCUUUUGUCUUUUGUCGCUGGAGGAUUAUAAUACUGCAGAUGUUUUCAGGAAACAACUGGACUCAUAGAGACUGAAGAUUCUCUAGGAGACUGAACGCUUUGGUGUGCAUCUGUGUGUGCGUGCUGGUUGUUUUUUCUGAAAGCUGGACUGACGCACGGAUACUGCAGUAGAACUGCAGGGGCCUGGAUGCUAACGUGGAGGACAUGAGGACCCAGUGGAACUCCCGCCCCUGAGCUCCAAACCCCACUGCUACUGCUGCACAUUCUGCUGAGCUGAGCAGAGCUCUCAGAGGCCGAAAGGAUGCUGACAGCUCGUGAUGGAGCUCGAGAUGAAGCGCAGAAGCUGCACAGGAAAUGGAUGAAGCACCAGGCCUUCAUGGCCGAACUGGCCCGCAACAAAGAAUGGCUUGCCAAGAUCGAACAGGAGGGUGAGGAACUGGUCCAGGAACAGCCCGAGUUGCGAUCAGUGGUGGAGAUGAAGUUGAAGGAAAUCCGAGAGUGCUGGUCUCAUCUGGAGAACACCACCAAAGUCAAGGCUCGCCAGCUCUUCGAAACUCAGAAUAACCGGACUAGCAACCUGUCCACCAACAGCCUCAGUGACCUGGACCAGCAUCUCAACGUCAUACAGGAACAGCUGCCCAGACUGGGCUCCACCCACACCACUCAACCCACCCUCCUUCAGCCCCGCCCCACUUUUAGCCAACAACUACAGAAGAUACAAUCGAUGGAGGCCCAGAUGCAGCUUUAUCAUGGUGUUGGUGAAGUUAGGGGUGGGGCUUAUCAGCAAGGACCAGAGGAGGAGGAGCAAGGAGGAGUGGUGGAGACAAGAAUUGUGCGCCUUAUUGAGCCUCUGAAGGAGAGGAGGCGGAUCAUUCUUGCUUCCAAGGAAAUGCACCAAGUUACCCAAGACCUGGAGGAUGAAACUGUAUGGAUUCAAGAGCGGUUGCAUCUGGCCUCAUCUACUGAAUAUGGCAACAAUCUGCAGAGUGUCCAAGAGUUAAUACAAAAUCAUGAGGCUCUACAAAUUGAGAUGAAAGCUCGAAGGGGGCGUGUCGAGGAGGUGCUGGAGAGGGCGGAAGCUGUCGCUGCCCUGCGGACCCCUGAGGUGGAGCUUGUUCGGGAGGGGGCUGGGCAUGUGAGGCAGCUGUGGGAGGUGCUCCAGGUAGAGAUGGAACGUCGCACAGUGAUGCUGGAAGCUGUAAGCCACGCCCAGCAGUACUACACCCACGCAGCGAAGGUGGAGUCUUGGCUCAGUGGGCAGAAGCUUCAGGUCCUAAAUGAGGAGAAAGGAAAUGAUGAGGCAAGCACUCUUAGGUUACUGAAGGAACAGUUGGCCUUAGAGCAGACAGUGGAGAAUUAUGUAGAGACAGUGGGCUCACUGUCUCAGCAGUGCCGUCGCAUGCUUGAGUUAGGACAUCCCGACAGUGAACAGAUCACCAAACAGCAAGCUCAUAUAGACCGGCUAUAUGUGUCUCUGAAAGAUCUUGUGGAGCAGAGGAAGACAAAGUUGGAGCAGCAGUACUGGUUAUAUCAGCUGAAACGAGAGGUGGAGGCACUGGAGAAAUGGAUCUCUGAGCGAGAGGCUGUUGCCAGCUCCACUGAGCUCGGCCGGGACCUGGAGCAUGUCACGGCUCUGCAGGGGAGCUUCACUAAAUUCUCUUCUGAGACGCGUUCAGUGGGCCAGAAGCAGAUGGACUCCGUCAAUAAGAUGGUGAAUGAGAUGAUUGACUGCAGUCACUCUGAUGCUGCCACCAUUGCAGAGUGGAAGGACGGACUGAAUGAGUCCUGGGCAGAUCUUCUGGAGCUCAUGGAAACCAGAGCUCAGAUGCUGGCUGCCUCGUACCAGCUGUACAAGUUCUUCACCGACUGUCAGGAGGUGAUGGUCCAAAUUGAGGGAAAGAUGAGACAGCUGCCAGAGGUAAGGUCCUGUCAAGUGAGCUCUGCCAACCCUGGCACACUUCAGAGACACCUACAUGCUUUUGAGCACUCACUGCAGCUUCUGGUCUCACAGGUGCGCCAGCUGCAGGAAAAUGCAGCUCAGCUGCGGGCAAUAUAUGCCGGGGAGAAAGCAGAUGCCAUUUUUAGCCGUGAGCAGGUGGUGAUGCAGGCCUGGAACGAGCUCCUGGUUUCCUGUGAGGGAAGUCGUGUGCAGAUCACCACAGUAACUGAUAAGAUCCAGUUCUUCGCUGUGGUACGGGAACUGAGCAUGUGGAUGGAUGGAAUCAUGGGACAGAUUGGCUUCACGGAUGACGCCAGGGACCUCUCUGUGCUGGAGGGGAUGAUGUCUCAGCAUCAGAGUCUGAAGAGUAAGAUGGAUAACAAGAGCAAGAACUUCAUGCAUUGCGUGGAGAUGGGAAAGAUGCUACUCGCUGCACGCAACCCUGCAGCUGAAGAGGUAAAGGAAAAGCUGGAGUAUGUCAUUGCAAAGCAGAAAGACCUUAAUGAGCGAUGGGAACUGCACUGGGAGAAGCUUCAGCAGGCCCAGCAGAGACUUCAGUCUAACCAGCUAGGAUUGGUGGAUCAGUCGUGGCACACAGUGAAAGAGCCAAUCACUCCAAACACUCGUGAAAUAGGGGGCGGAACUGACGAGGUAGAGGAGCUGAUUCGCCGGCACGAAGCAUUCCGUAAGGCUGCGGCCACGUGGAAGGACCAUUUCAGCUCAUUACGACAGGCAGAAAAGAUGAAGGAGGAACAGAACAAGCCUACUACUUCCUCUCUCCUCAGCAGACAGAUGUUCCCUCUCUCAUGUCUUGUGCACAGCUCCUCCUCCUCUUCUUCGUCCUCAUCUCUCUUUCGUAACCCUCUUCAAGACUCGAUUCUGGAGUCCAAGCCCAGUGCAGACCUCAAACACCCAACAGAACACACUUUGGUACACACACUCACUCAGCGGCUUGGGUCCACUCUGAACCCCUACACACCAGUCAUGAAUGGCUCCUCCUACCAGGGGCUGAACCAGUCGCCAACGGUAAUGGGAGAGGGUUUUUCCUACCAUGGGCUAAAACAACAGGGAGUUUCAGGGUUGGAUCAUUCCAACUAUCAGGGGUUAAACCAACAAGUUGGUGUCUUGGGGGCAAAUAGCUCAAGCUACACUGGAUUAAACCAACAGGGUGUUUUAGGAGAAAACAGCUCAAGCUACCACAGCCUGAACCAUUUAGGUGCUGUGGGCGUGGUAGAGCCCAAAUCGGGGUAUGCUUGGCAGCACCUGAAAGCUGACUGCCUGCAGCCCAAAAUCAACCACAUCCACAAAGCUGUUCCACCUUUACUGGAGGCACACCGAGCUCAACUUGCCAGUGGCAUAGCAAAUGUGCCAGCUCCUCCUAUGGGCAUGGACCCCUCCCUGGAGAUGAUCCACAGCCGUUUACAGAGAGACCCCCGAGGGAGCCGCUCAGACCCACAGAUGGAUCAUCUGCGGCGGGAGAGAGAGUACCGGCUUGGCCGUCAGACUUCCAGUGAACAGGAGAUCCAGGCGAGACUUAAUGAGCUCCCGCUCAUCGUUAGGCAGGAGCGUUACCGCAGAAGAAUGGAGAGACAGUCAUCCAGUGAGCAGGAGGGCAGCGGAAAACAUAGAGUGCAAAAACAUGACUCUAGUGAUGCAGAGUCUGGAAGAGAGCCAUCCGACAAGAGACAAUCCAGUGAGAAGCGUUCCACUAUGGCUGAGAUUGUUGAACAAGCGCAAGAGAAAGAAGCUUGCCAAGCAAGGGGAGAGGUGUACCGGCCAUCCAGUAGUCUCUCUGCACCAGUGAGUCGUCUGGAUCGCCCCCGGGCUCGUGAUCGCCCCAAACCAAGACGAAGACCUCGUCCAAAAGAACCUGAGGAGCCACGGAGGUCUCGUUCUGCACCUGCCCAGAGUGUCACACCACAACCUCCUACACAUACCGUCCAUCACGAGGGCUUCCUCUACCGCAAACAUGAAGAGGAGGGGAAAGAGAGGAGCCCAAACAGUAAAUCGUGGGUUAAUCUGUUCUGCGUGCUCAAACAAGGAGAGAUUGGUUUCUACAAGGAUGCACGACACAGAACCACACCCUAUAAUGAUGAACCUCUUCUCAACCUUGCCAUCUGCACCUUUGACACUACCAAUGGAUACAAAAAGAAGAAGAAUGUAUUCAUUCUCAGGAACUCUGCUGAAGGGGACUACAUCUUCCUGGCUAAGGAUGAGGAGGAUCUAAAGGGUUGGGUCAACAAUAUUAAUGCUAGCCUAAAAGAGAUAGAAGAAAUUGCCAAGUGGGAAAAAGCCACAAAUUCUUCCACAGACCCUGACAAAUCAGAGCGCAAGGAGCGUUCAGAAGGGGCGGAGCCAUUCGAGGGAGCUGAGAGAUCAGAGAGGUCAGAGAAGUCUGAGCGUUCAGACCGAUCAGAUAAAAUAGAGGCAUCGGACAAAAGCUCAGAAAAGAGGGACAUAUCUGAGAAAGAGAGGGGGGAGAGAGGUGAACGAGGGGAGAGAGAGAGGAGGGAAAAAGGAGACCGGGUUUCCAGGGGUUCCAGAGGUUCCAGCACUUCGGGAACAAGCAAAUGACUCAUCUCUUGUUUAUUUACCCAUUCAUCCAUCCUAGCCAUCUUUCUAGAAAGAACUGUUGCUCUGUUUGUCCUGACAGCCUGAUUUUUGGACAGACAUAAUUGAUUAUGUCCCGUGAAAUAUUUGUUGAUGUGUGUGUGUGUGCCAAUGUGUUGAAAGUCUAUGUAAGAAUAUGUUGACAGUAUAUGAAAGUAUUCCAGCAUCAGAGGGCCUGUUGAGCUGCCCAGCUUGAUUCUUACAGAAAAGGCACUUUAGACUAUCGAGGAUGAAUAUAGCCCUUAAUAUUUUAGAAGCAAUAUACAGUAUGUAGUAACGGAUACUGCUUGUUCCAGCUGUUCUGUUCCUCCAAGCGUGUGCAAGAGAGAGAAAGUGAUAGUGUUUUCUGAGAGAGAAAUCGGUGGUGCGGUAGUUGAUUAUGUUUCUCUGAAUGACAUCCUUACACACCCCAACUCAGACAUUGCCUGUGUUCGGAAUAGCAUAUUAACAUACUACUCAUACUAUUGCUCCUGUACACAGUAUGUAUACUCUGUAUAGUAUGCUGAUUUUCUGUAUGCAUAGAAUACCCAGAUGACCAACUACAUUUGCCAAAAUGUGAAGUAUACAAAAGAGCAUACUACAAGGAAUACUGUAGCCCACAAUCAUUCUUCAAAUUGUCACAGAGCUCUUGUGGGGCCCCCUUAAAACCCACCCCUCUUCACUGUACUACAUUAAUAAAAUAUACUAAUGUACUAUGUACAUUAAAGUGAUAGUUCACCCAAAAAUGAAAAUUCUCCCAUUAUUUACUCACCUUCCUGCCAUUCCAGAUGUGUAAGGCUUUCUUUCUUCUGCAGAACAAAAACAAUAAUUUUUUAAAUAAUAUCUCAGCUCUGUUGGUCCACACAAUACUCCAGUGGUUUAAUCCAUAUCUUUAGAAACUAUAUGAUAGGCAUGUGUGAGAAACAGAUCAAUAUUUAAGUCCUUUUGUUUUUUUACUAUAAAUGCUCCUCCCUGCCCAGUAGGUGACAAUAUACUAAAAGAAUAUGAAUCGCCAAAAACAUAAAACGGAUGUAGUAAAAAGGUAUUAAAUAUAUAUCUGUUUCUCACCCACACCUAUCACAUCACUUCUGAAUAUGUGGAAACACUGGAAACAUGUGGAUUGCUUUUAUGCUGUCUUUUUGCGGUUUAUGGAUCUUCAAUGUUCUGACCACCUUUCACUUGGAUUGUAUGGACCUACAGAGUGGAGAUAUUUUUAAAAAAAUCUUUGUGUUCAGCAGGAGAAAGAAAGUCAAACACAUCUGGGAUGGCAGUUCAUGGAAAAGAAGAGUAAAUUAUAAUUUUUGGGUGAACUAUCCCUUAAAAGAUGACGGUAUUGAGGUGAGGGAGAAAAGAGUUCAGGGCUGCAGAAAAAAUGCUGAUUGCCACAAAAACAGUGGACUAUCUACCCCAUUUGAACUGAAUAAUUACGUCAGACGCACUCUGACUUAAUAGGAUUCCUCAAGAAUUCCUACUGUAUAGUACCACAAAUUCACAUAUAAUUCCAUAUCAAAUUUGUCAUUUUGAUAGAUCCUCAUUCAAAUAUAUAUUCCUUCACAAAAGAGCAUGUGGUCAAACUUGAGUGUGUUUAGAAUUUUCAGAUGAAAAAAUCUAACUUUGAUUACUUAUGAAAACAGUAUGAUAACAAUAAAAUAAUGGAGAAUAUAGCAUUGAGUUUUAUGUUUGUAGUGUUCUAGUUUCAAUGAAACGAAAGGGCGUUAUGGGGGGUCUGGGACCCCCCUCCCCUCAAUUUGAACACUGCCCACAAUCCAAUUUAACCAACUACACUGUCUGUUUCCAUGUGAUGAAUGAACCAUAAUUACAACUGCGAUUUUUAAGAUCUCUAUUUUGAUUCUUAAUUUGAUUGGACUGCCAAAAGUCAGGGCAUUGUUUCUUAAAAUUGAAAAAUAUCCAUAUUUAUUUCAAAAAUAAGUAGUAUUAAGCUAAUAUUCCAUUCCGAACAUUGACGUUUACACAUGCAUACACAUACGCAGAGUACAUUAAGAUUAAAUGUUACCUGCGGCCAUUCUCCCACCCGAGGCUAUACAUGUCUUCCAUCUGCUGCUUAUAAUAAUGGUUUUAAUCAUGUGAGAUGCUUCACAGAGCUGAAGUAAGCGUCAUUCAGUCCAAACUACACUCUAAAAGCGCCAUCAUGAAGAUUUUUAAUCACAAUCCAUUAAUAUAAUGUUUAAUGAUUGUGUGGCUGUGUGUGCGUGCGUGUGUGUGUGUGUGUAUGUGUGUAUGUGUAUGAAUACAGCUCCAUUCAGAAGAGGCUCAAAUGUAUUAUGUAUAAUCUUAUUGAUCAUAUUUAUGAAGAUAUUGCGAUACAAAUUUAAAGUGCAAGGUUCUCUUUAUUCUUUGCUAAACUGAGAAUUAUGAUCAGCCACCCCGUAGGUGUACAAAUAUGCUGCUUUUUAUCAUCUGUGGCCCUUACAUCAUCCUUUGAUUGUAAAAUGAUUAGUACACAUAAACUAGGGUGUCUGUGACAUUGUCAUGCUAAGAAAAAGAUUGUAUAUAUAUAUAGUAUAUAUACAAAUAUAUAUAUAUAUUUGUAUAUAUACUAGUAAACAAAAUUUUAUUCUAUGAGCUACAGCGACUAAUUACAAAAAAAAAACUACAAAAAAACAAACAAACAGCUGUUGCGAUUACUAGGAGAUGGAUGACGAUUUUCCCCCAAACUAGUUAUUUAUAUAUGUACAAGAUUGUUUACAGGGUUAUGAAAUAAAAAUAGCAAAAUAAACAGGAAUCGUUAAACUAAAUAAAUUCAAUUUGUCUGUUUUUUUAUUUUUAUUUGAACUGAUAGUCCUAUGGCUUUAAGUUGUUAAUCGCUUUUUUGAGGUCAAGCUUUUCCUCUCUGUCUCCGUUUUUUUAUACAACUUUCUUCACCGGUCGUUGCCGAGUUCAAAAUCUGACUGGCCCCAUUGUCUAUGCAACAGCAAAUGUCAGCAUUAUAUUCAAACUAAGACCCAUUUCUAGUAUUGAACCUUGUAGAGUCAUUAGCAAACAUCGGGGAUCAUAUUCAUAAUGCCACCUAGACCAACACUGUGUGUACAAACCUCCACUUGAAAAAACAACAACUUUAGGACUCGUCUAAUGGAUUGUGUUUUAUGUUUAUAGAGAAUCUGUGUGAGAGAGACGUUAUGCCAAUAGUACAGAUUUCCAAUGAAAUCCUUAUCAAUUGAAGACUUGUCCAUGUCCUUCAGAGGCUGAUCCAGGUUCAGGAGAUUUAGCAGCAUUCAUACACACAAUUUCCUACUGUCACAUGACACAAAAUUGAAACACAAACAUGAUCCCUCAGCCAAUCACACAACAGAAAACACACACCCCCAUAUGCCCCAAAUUACUCCUUUUCUCACAUCAGUCCUGUUCAGGCCUAGUUAGUACUUUAGGGUGAGCUAGACCUAGUAUGGAGUCAAAUUCAUAUCAAAUUAGAAAAGGUGUAAGACAUGCUUUAAUCAUAAUUCCAUAAAAAACAGCAGAUAAUUAGAUAUUUUGUGACCAUUGUUUCUGAUAAAUGUGACUAAGAAUGAAUGUAUGUUUGUUAACACUGUUUUUGUCUCUGUCUCAUCUCUGCUGAAGCAACCCCAACAACAAAUUUACAAAAAGACUCAUUUGACUUUUUGGACUUUUACUUAUCCAUCAUUUGUUUAUCUGCCAGUAAAAAGCACAAUUUCACACAAAACAAAGCAACGAGUAUUAGAAAUGACACUGGAUGCCGAGUUUUAAACCAUGAUCCCUGCAUUUCUAAAAGCUGCCACACGAGGUCAGUGUUGUGAAGGCUGUGCGGCACUUUGUUUCCUCUGUGCUACAAAAGCCAACUCGAGAUUAUCUUUUCUUUGAACUCCUCACCUGAAAUUAUUUUUACCCAGAAAAUUUGACUGACGUACUCACUAGAUGAACUCCAUAUUUGUCUGUGAUUUUUGGACCUGUUAGUCAAUUUUCUUCUGUUAAACCUUGCAUUAUUUCAUUACCUGUGCCACUUGUCAUCUUCCCAACUUGACCUCACAAGUAAAUAUUUAUUUAUUUAUCUAUUUAUCUAUUUAUGAAAGAAAGUAAAAAGCCCUAAAAUAAUGGAGAGUGUGGUUUUUCCUCCUUUAUCCGACCAAGUCAGUUGUUUCACACAAACUAAAGAAAAACACUAUCCAGUUGCAUGAAAGAGAAUAUAGAGGUGAUUUCUAUGCAACAGCUGUGCAUGUUUAUCAAAAGGGUUUCAACCUUCAGCAAAGCACUGGGUUUGGGUCAUGAUGAUGAUGAUGAUGGAGAAAUGAAUGAGCAGAUCACUUGUAUAGCUAAAAUGAGACAUUAAAUCAUUAUGUACUGAUAUCUGCACUUAUUCAUAAA